AUGACGGGCACAGACUCUAAGAGUGCCCUGGGUGCGCCGAGGAACAAGAUGGCGCUGUUGAACGAGGUUGCCGCCGCGCCGAGCGCGACGCACGCGGCCGGGCAAUACGGGGAGGGGGGUAAUAUACUUACACAGCAGGCGUUGACUCAGCCUGGCGCGCACGCCGCGUUCCGGGCUCCCUUCGUCGCGACUCCCCAUCCCGGCGUGCCCCCGAUGUUCGCACCCUACGGCGUGUACGGAGGAGGCGCGGGAUCGCUCGGUCCGGGCGCGGAGUGGCCGAGGUGGCCGCCCGCGCACCGCGUCCAGCCGCCGGCGCAGCUCGUGCAGCUGGCGGGCGCGGGGGCGGGGGCGGGUGGCCUCGUCGCGCCGCCGGCGCCGCCGCCGCUCGCGGUGGACGCGAAGCGACCGUGGGGCCCGCGCCUCGCGAACGAACCCCCCCAACCCGACCCGACGCACGGCGCCGCCGGGAGCGGAAGCAGCGGAGGGAACGUCCUGAGCGGCGGCGCGGGGGGCGGGGGUGGCUCCCUCGGGGGCUCGCUCGGCGGCGCGGGGGGCGGGGGUGGCUCCCUCGGGGGCUCGCUCGGCGGCGGCUCUGGAGCGUCGGAGACGACGUUCGACUCGUACGGACGCGCGGCGCCACCCGGGAUGGCCCUCUACGUACACGCGGCUGCCUACCCGGGCGGGUACCCGGUCACGGGCCGGCCGGCCGCGCCGUGGACCCGCCAGGCACCCGUGGGAUAUCCAAACGUACCCGGGGUAUCCUACGCUCCGCACGCGACGAUCCAACCGCCGAAACCCCCUUCCGGCUUUCUCGUCGAGGCGUCGGCGGCGCAGGGUUCGGCGGAGGAGAAGAAGGAACCCUCGGGAGGCACGGCGCCGAACGGUGCGAGGACGAACGGCGGUGGCGACGCGACGACGAACGGGGCCCCGACCCGGGGGGCGGAAGACGCCGCGGUUGAACCUCGCGGCUCCAACCUCGCGCACGGCUCCAACCUCGUGCACGUCCAGUCGAGCGCCGCGGCGGUCCCCGCGUCGGCGCACAACCCCCUCGCGACGCGUACCAAGUCUCUGCUCGGCGAGCGAACCUUCGCGGAGGUUCAGACGAUGCUGUUGCGUCAGCAGGGUACGUACGAACGCCAGCUGCUGGACUUGCACCGCGUGGUUCGCGUGCAAUCCGACAUCAUCUGCUCCAUAACGAAACAAGACGGCGUCGACUUCAAGUCGGAGCAAGACGCCGCGUGCAGACGCAAAAAGUCCAAAUCUCCCGACUCGGACCAGAGCAAGGAGCUCAAGCUCAAUAAGUCGGAGCAGGGCAGCGGCGCCGGCAGCGGCGACGGCAGCGGGCAGGGCAGCGGCGGCGGCAGCGAGGGCGGCAGCGGCGACGACGGCAGCGGGCAGGGAUCCAAGGGGAGCGGCCCGGAGCCCGGCGACGGCAGCGGGCACGGCUCGGGCGGGGGCGGCGGGAGCGGGCAGGGGUCGGGGUCCGGCGGAUCGGACGUGUCCGACGGCGACAAGGGCCCGAGGCGACCCAUCCUGAAGGGGCGACGCAGCCCGCGCGGCGGCGGCGGCGACGCGAACAAGAACAAGAACAAGCGCGCGACGAUCUCGCCGGAGGUUGACAAGAUUGAACGAGAUUCAUCCCGGAAGGAUUCUCGCGAAGAGGAGGAGGAACGAGCGAAGAAGGAUUCACGAGGCGACGGCGCGCGGCGAGCGAGGAGCGCUCGCGCCGCGGCUGCCCCCGAGGCUGCCCCCCGCGACGAAGCGGAGGAGGGCGGAGCUCAGGCGGCGCCGCGUUGCGCGGCGGAUGCCAACGUCUCAGACCCGAACAGCGCCAACGACGGAAAAGCCGGACCCGGCGCGGCGGAUGGAGGCCCCUUUGCGGCCAUCUUCUCCGCCAUGGCGCACCAGACUGUCAUCAAGCAGGCGGCGCGGAAGGCUUUCGACGAGCAGUCUUUGCAGCAGCAGCGAGCGUACGCGUUGGCUACCCGACCAUGGCGCGAGGAGGGGGGCGGCGACCACCGACCGGGGGAUAACGCCGCGCCCCCCUCGCAUCACCAGCAGCAGCAUCAAGCCGCCGCCGCGGUGCACCACGCGCAGGUCCAGGCGGCGUAUCACGCGUCCCGCCAGCGCUCGCUGCAGUCGCUGCACCACCAGCAGCAGCAGCACGAGCACAGGUACUACCACGACCAGUGGGUCGCGUGGUACUCUCAGCAGUACGCUCACGCCGCCGCCGCCGCCGCGACACAGGGAGCGUGCGCCCCAGGGAGCAUGGGCCCGCCGCAGCCGAAGCCGCCGCCGGGAGGAGUCGCGGGUUUAGGGUGGACCAACUGGCCCCACGUUCCCGUCGACUGGUUCCACGCGGGACAUCAGCAGCCGCCGCGGGGCGAGGAGGUGACGCAGGUCAUCGGCGGGCCAUCGCACGCUCACCACGGAGCGGCGCCGGGUCCCCACGGAGCGAUGGCGGCGAGGCACCACUACCACUUUCCGGUGCCCCAGCCGCCGGGCGCCAUGUUCCCGCACCCGGCGUACCCUGGAUCGGGCUCGCAGGGGCCGAACCCGCCCGCGCUCAACCUGGGCCCCGGGGGCGGAGGCGGGGGCAAGUCUCCCGCCGCGGAGGUCAACGCGGGGGUCAACGCGGGGAGGUCAACGCGGGGCGGCGACGACGACGGCAAGUCGGGCGCUCGUGAUGACAAGAAGGGUAACAACGCGAACAACAACGUGAACAACAACGCCAAGGGUAAGAGGGGUAAGGGCACCAAGCGCGGUGCGGGUGGCGGUCGCAAGAGUGCCGACGGCAAGACCGAAGACAUCGACGACGCGGGAUCGGAUUCGAUGAUGACGGGUCAGCCGGGCCAGAGCGACGGGGGGGAGGUGGACGGACACCACCACGGAGGACGGGGAGGCGGCGGCAAUGGAGGCGCGCGGGGCAACGGCACGAACAAGAAAGGCUCGUUGAUCCCAGGCGCGCCCCUCACCAAGAAACCGAGGAGCGGGCAGCCCAAGCAAGGUCCCAAGGACCAAUCUGCGGCUGACAUCCUCAUCUCGAUCAUGAAGGCGUGA